GCGCAUUUUUAGGAUAGCGCGUUACAACUAGUCUGUCUCUUAUCAGCACGGUCAUCUGUACAUGUUGGGAUGACUAGGCUUUUGACAGAUGAAUCUGCUCAGGAAAGGUUCAGAUGGAUGUGUAUUCUAGUCUAUGAGGGCUAUACUGAAAAAAGGACACUUUCAGCCAAAGAGAUUGAGCAACUACUGGAGUUUAUAUGUGAUCUUGAGAAUAAUCCGAGCGCUUAUCAUAUUGAUUCAGAAAAUUCAAACAAUUUAUUGGCAUAUCUUUUGAGUUCGACUUCGGUUCUGUUCAUUACUGAGUUGUCAGGUUUGUUCUUCUGUUUGGUUAAUAGUUAAUUAACUUAGAUUUGCUGCAUCUAAAUGUCAAGAUUCCCGGGACAAUAUUGGUUCGCUGGAUCAUCAGACUUUUAGCUGAAGCAAAGGAUGAUAAGGUGGAAUGCUUCUCAAAUAUAUUGUGUUCUUUAUUGUGUUUGGAACCUCCGUUGGCGCACUGGUUCGAACCAGGUGACUUAAUCCUGGAAUCUGACUACCAGUUGCUCACAAGCUGGAAGGACGCUAUGUCAGACAAGAAAGGAAGUCCUAAGGGAACUAAAUUCCUGUUGCGAUAUCGAGAAUCGUCUUUGGCUAAUGAGUUGUGGAAUGAAAUGACUCAAAAUAUGAAUCAAAUUAAAGGGUGUUCUGAUCCUUGUGCUGUUACUACGCGCAAUGAAUUAGCCAUUUGUUGUGUUCAGACGUUUUGGAAUUGUAAUGCCUGGCAACAUGUAUUCAACAAAUUGAAUUCAAUAUUGCCAAUUUUAAUCAGCGAUAAUGUAGACCACGUUCGUGAACGAUUGAAAACGGUUCUUUCACUGUCACGCCUAUUUUUGGUUGCUGUCCUUCAGAUACCAUACAUACAGUUAACAAACAUGAUAGCCAAAAGUAAUGAACUGUUGUCUCGUGAUGGCAAUACAUCCCAGCAACAAUUAUCCGUUUCUAUCCCUGGGAAGAUAAUUAUUCAGUGGAUUGAAUUGAUUUCCAAAAUAGUUCAAUCUGGUUGUCUGUGGUUCGCAAACUAUAUUGUUCACAGAGAUUUGGAUGAUUCCAUGAUGGAUUUAAAGAAGUCAUUAAGUGCAAUCGUGUUUGAUUUGACUCAUCUUUAUCAGGAACAUUUGGGUCGAUUGUUCACCUGUCAUGUGGACUCAAAAAUCUUGGAAAUGAUAAGAAGUUUGAAUUUCGGGAGUGGUUUAGCAAUACUCAAUUUUCUCGCCACAUCUUUACCUAACAUUAUACCAGCUAAUCAAUCAGAUCUGUUAUGUUUAAUUGAAUCAUUAAACAAAUGGGCUUACCAGCUGAAUUUAGUGCCAGUUAACUCGUGUUUAUUGAGAUAUUUUUCACGACUGUUCAACUUGAGUUUGGAACUAUUGGCUUCCGAUGAUUCAGAAUAUUAUAGAAAUGGGUCAGAUUUUUUUCUAACUAUGAGUGCUGAUAUUCAGUCUUCCUCUUCACUAUCAGAUGAAUCGAAUUUAACGUAUGAAAGUAUUGUGAAUCGAUUAAACCAAAAGUUUGAUCCGGAUAAUUUUCUUGAUCAGUCAAAACAACCUACACUUUUAUCGCGUUUAUUUAUCUUAUGUGGAAAUCAUUUCCAUGUCGAUUUAAUGCGUAUUCUAACUGAAAUGUUUAAUGUGAUUCAAGAAGUAUCCCGACGAUCUUAUGACGACUUGCAAAUUGAUCUACUCAAGUACUUCUUGGAUUGUACAAAAAAUGGUUUACACUUUCUAAAUGAUCUGUUAUCAGCUCGAUCAAAUCUUUUGAAAUAUCAUUCGCCAGCUGAUUCAAUGCAUAUUGGAGGAGAGAUAAUCACUUAUGCUGAUAUCACAGUAAUGCAAGAAUUGAACAAAGACACAUGUGAUCGUGAAUGGCGAUUAAGUACACUGGAUCAAGAGUUAUCACAACUAAUUUAUGCAUUUGCAUCUUCUCAUAAUGUCACUGAAUAUGCCUUAAAGCAUUUAGGCUAUGUAUUCAAUACUGGGAAUCAUAUUCUACAAGAGUCUGGAUACCCAGGGAAUAUGACAACAAAAUCAACAGUCACCAAUUGGCCAUUAUGGUCAGGUCCACAUGUCUUCUGCCUAUUAUCCGGUCAUAUGCUUAGCAAACUACGGUCUACAGAAUCGGUAAUCAUAUCAGAAGACUCCAUUAAAUCAUUUUGGUUAUGCUUUUUAACAAGUGUACAAGAAACAAUCCUAGCAUUGUGUGAUUUGUCGACAAUUAAAAGUAUCACCUUACCUGAACAACAAUUCAUGGAUAUUCAUCCUAAUUUAUUACAAUUCACUUGUUUUCUUGCCGGUCAAAGUCCUGGAUUAACUGCUAAAAAGCAACUGCUCAUUUUACUUACUCAAGUGUUAUGCAGUCUGAAUAAGAAAGGUAUUUGGGGACAACACAAAAGCAUUAUAACUACUACUGCUGGUGGUAGUAGUAGAAUUAUGUCGUUAACUGAACAAAAGCCUUUCACGCAUGCUUCUUAUCUAUGGUUACGUUUAAUUAUAAUGCUACGCUAUAUGCUGCAUUAUUUCUAUGUUCCACCGAGAUAUUUAUCUUAUCAAUUAAAACCUUGCAUGUUUCUACAAUCGAGUGAAGAUGCUGUGCAAGCUAAUCGUUGCUUCAUCUGGGAGUAUUCAAACAUUGCAUCGUUAUUACAUACACUACAUGCAUACUUUUUACCCUUACCAUUAACAACAGCAACAACAACAACACCGGCAAUGAUGAAGGCACAGGAUUACUUCAGUAGUAGUUCUUCUAUUCCAUUCUUUUAUGAUUUAUUAAUUGCUGCAGAAAAGUCAAACGAUGAAAAACCGGUCAACUUAACUCCUACUGCCAAAAGAUCUAGUCCAUCUUCAAGUCUUCCAUCACCUGAUGGAUUAGCUAUUUCAUCAUUGGUGUCAGUUAACAAUUAUCAUGAACUUUUCUCCUCUCUUCUUGAUUAUCUGGAUUGCUUGUUGCUUACAAAUUCAUCAUUUUAUGAAGUAGCAAAUAGUGUAGAUUAUGUCCUGACAGAAUGCUCCCAGUUGCCAUUAUGCAAUUAUGGAUUAACAUUAAAUUGGAGAUUGUUUGAAAUACUUCCACCGCCAAGAGAAAUUUUAAAAGAUUUACAACAUCUAAUGAAUAUGCUGAAAACAUCUCAUCAAGUGAUAAUUGAUCAUAACACUGUUCCUAAGAUUUUCUUGUCACCUUCACAUUUAAUCUAUUUCAUUAUUUUGUUAGACAGAAUUCAGUUGAAUUCUACUCAACCUGAUUAUCAAUAUUUAGACUUUGGUAGUGUUAACAACCAGUCAACUGAAAUGAAAUCUGAUAUACCCAGUACAACAACAUCCAGCAGUCGGUCUACAUCAUAUUCUUUAUUGGAUUCCAGAAAAAAUCUAUUAAAAGAAUUGAAGCGCUUCGUUAAUGCACAGUGGUCAUCGAAUGAUGAUGAUACGGAAGAGGCGACUAAAGCUGCUGCAACUGAAGAGUCAAUCAAUACGCUAACAUCUUUAAUACAUCCAACAGCCUUAAUUUCAUUUCUAUUUGAGUUAGGUUCUUUUCAAAUAAAGUCAUAUUCAAUACUACUGAAUUCCGUGAAGAACAAGUUAAUUGGAAUCACGGUUGGGCAACUGGCCUAUUUAAGUAGUUUACUUCGAUUCAUGAAGAUAUUGACAUCACAGUUGAGUUUAUUGCACGAGUCUAAAACUACAAAAACAUCAAGUACUUCAACGAAAUCGCAUACUGACUCGACGGAAUCUACAAAACGUGCUGGAAAGCAUAGAACACGUCAUGCAGCCGGGAAAACACGUACCAGUUCAACAACUGAAACUUCAAAAUCAUGUGCUGGUGGUAGUACAGAAACAAGCAGUCCGAAAGAAAAAAAGAGUAUUUGUCUGUUGGACACGGCAGUGUUAGACACCAAUGCACCGAACACUCUUGUAUCCUCGAUAACAUUCACAAUUGGAGAAAAUUCAAACACUGGUGAUGCGAAUUUAACACCUGAAGAACUAUCUACAAUGCGUAUACGUUGCUUGCAUACUGGACAUGUGGUUCUGACGACAUGUGUACAACUCAUGUAUAAAUUAUGCCAACAAAUACGUUCAGAAAUUGGUUUGCCUAUCUCGCAUAAUAUCAAUACGAAGGAGGCAUUAUCAUCUAUUGGGAAUACUGCAUCAAUGACAUUGUUAUGUCCAAAGCGUUUAUUAAAGGACAAUUAUUUACUGUCGCUAAGUUCAUCGUCAAAUAUCUUAGCGCGUAAACGAUUGGCUAAUAGUUUAAGAUUGGCAUCACUUGUCUACCGUAAACAGUUUGAUACGUUGAUUGCUGUAGCCUCAAAAUGUUAUUCCACCAUGUUAUUGGAAUCGAAUCAGUUUACUUCAAGUCUUUCUCAGUGCUUUUAUCAGAUAUUAGCAUUCCAGUAUGAGGUAGCACUUAGUGAGUUGUCUGUGAAAGAGGAAGAUUUAUUCGAUAACAACAAGCCGCCAUCAUCACCGAUGCCAUCUCCAUCAUAUUAUCAAUCUGCUUUAACUGUCAAUUUACCCAACUAUUGUACAGUAACAACAGCAACAGCAACUAAUACUGCUACAACAGCACCAGCACAAUCAUCAUCAACGACAAGAACAACAGCUACAACAACAACCACAGCUACAAAAUCUCUAGACGAGAUGAAAUUAAAACAUACACCAGGAUAUGCUUUACGUUUAGCAAACGAUUUAAAAUUAUUUGAAUCAUGUUGUCUAUUGAAACGGUUGAAUGAAUUGUGUAGAUUAUUAGUGAAACAGUUGUAUGAUCUACAAGAGAAAAUCUAUUCUUUCAGUGAAUUAAACACGGAACAAUUGUUGAAUAUUGACAGUUAUAAUGCUUUACAAAUGAUAUGUGCAAUGCAUUAUGAUCCUGUAUUGAGUGCUUUACAUAUUGACUUGAUGUCUGAAGAAGAGAAGAAAAGCCAACCAUCAGUUGCACAAUACUUAGGCUAUAUUUAUUCUAUUCAACGAAAAGGUACACCAGCAUCAUCAAUGAUGACAGCAAAGUCAACAGGUUUUAAAAGUACUGUUAUCGGUCGAAUGAUGAAAAGAAUGAUAUAUUCACGUCGACUGAGAAAAAUAUUGAGUUAUGCAUUGGAAGAUAGACUUGUGCAUACAGUAUCCUACAUGGUUAGAUGUCUUUCAAAUUCAGGUUCGAAUCCUCUUGAAUCUCGAGUCUCUUCAUACAUCUGCCGUGAAGCUAUGGGAUUCAUGGAAGUUGUACUGGGUAAUCAUCGUAUCGUGAAACAGAUUUGCUCCCCAGGCGUCAAUACAACCGACAUGGAUGGCAACAAGUCAUCCUGUGAUCCAGCGACAGAACCAAUAGUCCGAAGAGCAAUAUUUAACAAAAUCUAUUUUACUAAUUUCUUCUCAUCAUCAUCUGUAUGCGAUAUUUCACAGAAAGAUGCUCAUCUGUUAAAUGAGAUAAUAAAACAUGAGAAACCACCAACUCUCGCCUUUCAGGCGUCAUCAUUACGUUUGUUAUGUGUACUUUCUAUGCGUGCUAUUAAUGCCUCUACAAGACACCGCAGUAACUUCAGUGAUCUAGUGAAAUUAGCUCUUGACUCAUGUAUGUUCAAAUCAUGGAAAUCAGAUGAUGAAGGAGAAAAGGCGAACACAACAUUAUCAUCUUAUUGGUUAGAAAGUCUACUGCCAUAUGUUUCUUCAUUGAAAGAGAAUUAUGAUAAUGAAUUACGCUUCACUGAUCUCCUAAACAGAGUUGAUGAUUUCACAUUAAAUAGUGAUGAAUUCAUUGAAACUGAAGAAGAUAUACUAACAGAUUUAUUUAACAAUACACCGGAGGCUAUUCAUCAUCAUCAGGAUAAUAAUGGAGAUCAUGUCAGUCUUAGUUUCUUCAAUAGUGAUAAUGUUUUACUGGAAACCAAUGCAGAAUUGAUCAAUGAAUGGAAGUGUAAACGCUAUCUAUGCACUAUUGCAUUUUACUUUGAACGUUUCACCAGACUGUUGGCGUCAAAUUGGACAGAUGAUGUUGGCUUACGAGAGAUGUACUGUAAUCACUUAUUGGAUUCUGCAAUACGCGUUUGGCGUUCUCGCUUAACUGUGAAAGACAGUACAGUUGUGAGAUCAGAAGCAUUGUCAUCGUCUUCAUCCACCUCUCCUUCAGAAGAAUCUACAACAAUCAUUCAGAAAUACGAUUUGACAUUUCUGCCUUAUGCGAUUACAUCGUUGCAUUGCUUGUCGUUUGGUUUUACCAACGGCUUGGUGCAUACAAAGUUAUUCAGCUUUUUUACACAUUGUGCUGAUAUUUGUUAUGCUCUAAUUAUGGAGAAGCAGAAGGACGGGAUAAAAGAUGAAAAGCUUUAUUGUAAUGAAACUAAUUUAAUGUUAUCAAUGAAGCUACAACAUCAAAAGCAGGCCUCAUUGAUUUCCAGCCUACAAUCAAUAUACUUCUAUGUAUCAACAAUUGUCAAUGUAUUAAAUUCAGCGAGCAAAUUAAAAUUAACCGAUGGUCUACAUGAAUUACUCAUCAAUUCCCCGAGUGCUCGUUUAGACUAUUGGCCAAGUUUAUUGCAUACUCAACCCGGUGUAUUCAAUCGUCUACUACUGGCUGAUGAUGAUGAUGAUGCAAAAAAUAAGAAUGUGUCGUGUUGUUCCUCAUCGAUAACUGAUAACUUUCAUUCUAAAGUGCAAAUCUACUCUCAUUUGUUAAGUAGUCAUUGUACGCAUAGUUGUAAAUCAGUUUUUCGAAAAAAAUGGAGUCAAAUGGCUUUAUGGAAUACAACAUCCCAUUUACACUUUUUGGACGGUUCCACUGGGACAGACCAAUUAUCGAAACCAAAUGUGACAGAUCAGAUGAUUUACGAUAUUGACCACCAACUGUCUGAUGCUACAGAUAUAAGCGAUGAUUAUGAUGAUGAUGAUGGCUGUCUAGAAGAUGAUGUAUACCAUUCAUUUCCUGGUCCAUUAAUUAAUGAUUCAAUAUGCUCUUUUGUUGCAACUCAAAAAAUGUUCGUCGAUCAACAUUGGUAUCAUUGUUUCACAUGUAAUCUACAAGAAUCGCAUGGUGUCUGUUCUGUCUGUGCUAAAGUAUGCCAUUUUGGGCAUGAUUUAAGUUAUGCUAAAUAUAGUGGAUUCUUUUGUGAUUGUGGUGCUGGUCAACACGGGGAUUCAUUUUGUCAGGCUAUGACACCAAGAAUUGUGUUGAAUAAAGAUGCAUUACCUGAUAAUAGUACUAUGCAUCAGAGUGAUAAUAUAUUCUUGCAAUGUAUUAAUAAGAAUGAAUUGAAUUAUUAUCUACCGUGGUUAACAGAUGGAUAUCAACCAUUCAUCUCACCACCGCCUACUUUAUCCAAAGAGUUACACUAUCCAUGCAACCGUUCAUCAGUUAUUACUGUUGAUGACCAUCAUUCUAGUGGAGUAUCAGUGGUAGAAACACAAGGUUCUAAAUUAGUCAAACGACGUCGUAAAGAAUCUUUACAGUGUAAUGAAACACGAGAUAAUAAGACAGUUUCUCGUCAACGUUCGCUUCCUAACGUCACUAAUGCUGGCACCAGUCAACCUGUAUCAUCGGAUGCUGUGUUGAAUACGAAUGCAAAUCAAACAACCAAUCAAAUUAAUUCACGUUCAUUAUGGUGUCCAGGAAUUUCUGACACUAAUACAGAUUCAUUACCACGUUUUCCGUUAAGUCAUCAAGCAACUUCAUCUACUUCUAAUCGUUCUAAUACUCUUAGACGAACUGGUGCAGUUCGUUUACGUAAAAUCUCUUCAGAUGUUCAUUCGAAUUCUGGAAUAUUAAAAAGUCUUCAGAUGAAUCAACAUCAAACUAAACUAUCGAAUGCUCAAAGCUAUCGACCAAAUCAGCAAGAUAUGCUGUCUACUAAUCAAUAUUCUUGCAGUACCGAUACUCUACCUUGUAAACCUAGUGUUGUUGUUCCAACGCCUUUGACAAUGCCAACAACGCCAUCCCAUCUGGAGGAUUAUAAUAAACCUGAAAGUAAACGAAUACGGAAUGUACAUCAUUUUCUCAAUCUGUUUGAUAAAUAUAACUGUCAUGCUGCAACACUGGCAACUGCUACCGCUACUACCAAAGGAAAACGUAAAUAUUCUAAACAUGCAAUGACAACAACAACAACAGGUGGUGAUGAUAAUGAGGAUGAAGCGGAUCUGUUGCAAGCAAAUGUUCAUCGUUUUCAGUGUUGUCAAUUAGUACCUAAUGAAGCGAAAUUGAUUGAAUUUAUGCGUAAUCAAAUUGAUUCGGAUCAAACUGGUUCAUGUCGUUCGAAACUGAUGAUGAUGUUGUGUACAAGUGAUGUGGUCUCACAAGCGGCUGAAAUUUUAAUGGGAUUCACUAAACCUGAUACCGAAAGUUUACUCAGUCACCUUAUGAACUGUUCAACUGGAAAUGAAGUCGAAUUCUCUGGAAAAUCUCGUCUUGAUAAAUUAAAUGAAAUGCUUUCAAGUGAACGAAACACUACUCCAGCUAUUCAUAUGUGUUCUAAUAUUACGACUCCAGUACCAGCUAUGCCAACAAAAACAAGGUCAUUAUGGCGAAAUAUUUUCAUUGCUGGUCGUCAAAUAUUUCGUUCUAAAUCUCUUUAUUCUACUUGUGAUAUAAGUGAAUAUUUAAUGCGUUACUCGUCUAGUGAUCGCUUGUCAAGAACGUGUGAUGAGGCGGAUCAUGGUGUCAUUAAUAAAUCGAUUCAUUCAAGUACAAGUACGCGUCAUACACCUACGUCAACUGAUCAUGUAUCAUAUUCAGUUGUAUCUCCGGGGAGAAUUGUAGUCCACUCACUGUCUGAUAAUUCAAAUAGUGCAGUGUCAUCUUUCUCGCCUUCGUCAUUAUCGACAACUCCUCCUAUUGACGCUAUAGUUUCUCUACCUGCAUUAUCUAUGUCUACUGCAAGCAAUGCUUCACGUGGGACAUCGUCAUCCACCAACCCUGUUUUGCUUAUUCAAGCACUGGCUAGUAUUCUCUCUGGUACAGACAGUUCAAAUAGUGGUGGCAGCCUAAUUUUGUCUGGUGGAAAUACAUCUGCAACAUCUGAUGCAAAUGGAACCGCUGUCUCUUUUCUACCGUCUAAUGCAGCCUUGUCAUUAAGAGAAUUAUUUGGACCGCGUAUGUCAAACAAUAUGUCUUCAUCUACCGCUCCUGUUGCAAGCAAAACUAGUUCCUCUGUUACUGGGGCUGCUGCAUCUAGUGGAGCUACUACAUGUGUUGUUCGUGUACCAUGUCCAGGACAAUCCAAAUGUUCUUACUUUCUGGUAGUUACAAACACAGGACCUAAGUCAGUUGUUACUGGGUCGGAUACAGGCGUAAACACAACGACAACAACCAGUGCUUCAGAUACCCUAAAAGGUCCACGAUCACCAUUUGGUCACCGUGGAUUAAUGACCAUCUACUGUUUGGAUAAGCUUUUAAUAAAAUUAGCAGAUAAGCAAGACCGAAGUUUAAAAGAAGUUGCCAAGUUAAGAGCUGUCACAGCUUUACUUCAAUCAAGACAUAAUGAAUCAACAAUUGGGUCUGACAAUGAAACCAAUGACAUUAAAAGCUCAUAUCGGAUUCAGUUAGGGAAAUCGCCACUAUCAAUCCUACCUGAAUUAACCAAGAAUUUGGAUUCAAUCGUUAAUGAAAUGAAUUAUAGCAUGAAACAAGUUUCUGUUAAUAUUAAUGAUCUGCCGAAAUCUAGUACUGCAGCUGCUGGUGUUCUUAUCACAAGUAUGACUGUUAAUCCAUCAUGUCCAUCCACAUUUGUUAUAUGUGGUCUAUGGGAAUGUAUUGUGAUGAGUCUGUCAUCUGUGGGUCAAGUAUGCGGACGUAUUUCAGUGACACCGGUUGUAGGAACAAGACGAGAGCAAAUUAUCAAAGCUUUUUGGUUGCCUAAUUCCAUCAAGUUAAUGGCUAUACUUACUGAUCAAUCUGUUCAAAUAUUCGAUAUAUUCGAUAAUCCAAAUAAACCGAAAUAUCAUUUUAAACCAGUGGAUGGAAGCUUUUGUGAUGCAACAUUUAUACACUUACCACAAUCUGCGCUAGAUCAGAAAAUGAAAAAGCAAAAAGAUUCUGAUGCUGCUGAUGAUGAUGAUAAUGCUAAUGCUGAUGAUUAUUAUAGUUUUGGUUUUGAUCCAGUUGAAUGGGAUAUUCACCUUUUAGUUAUGGUUAAUAUGGGAUCUAUUUUACAUCAGAAACUGGGUCCUGACUGCUUAUCAUCAUUGGGUCCGUUCUUUUUAGCUGAAUCUUUGGAAUGGGAUGUUGCAAGUUUAAAGAGAAGCAAUACAACAUCAGAUGACUUUGGUCCAAUUCCAGAGUUAACACGGGAUCGAUUAACCGGUGUCCUAGGCGGUGGUGGAGUUAGCCUGCAGUAUAUCAGUUCUUUAGGUCUUUUACUGCAUGCUUAUCAAUCUGGACAUUCUGUAGCUAGCGGUAUUGAUUUAUUCAAUACAAUGAAUGCAUCUUCCUCUCAAUCUCAAGAUAAAAAUAAAUUAUGCAUAACGCAUUCUUUUCUACUGGCAACUGGUCCAAGAGAGGCGAAUGUAUCAAGCGGUACUGCUGGUUCACUAGCCAAACUGUUGAGGGGUUCGUCUAUGAUAUCUCCCGAAAAUUCGCAUUUCGAUCCCGACAAACUGGUAAUCCCAUUAAUUUUAGCCAGUCAUCCUAUUACUGCCUCUGCUGUGACCACUUCUGAGACAUCUCCUCAAGCAACAACCGGUAAACAACUAUCUACUCAGUCCAGUCGUAAAAUGACUAUUCCCAGUAUUGGUCCACUAUUUCGUUGGACUGAAGUUAUGGGUAAUCAUCCAGGUCUAGUGAGUGCAGUCUCCAAAGCAAAUUUCAUGUCUUCACCUCAUUCUCAACAUCAAUCAUUCCUAAUGGCUUUCGAGCCUGAUCAAGUCUGGGUACAACAUUUAUCUAUUCACCCUAAUUCACGUCUGUUUAAUGUGAAUGAUUCACCUGUAACCAAGUUGAAAACACCUACUGCUAUUUCUAAUCUCACCAAGACCACUACCAUCAACACCACCACCACUUCGAAUACAAAUACUGUUAAAGUUAGUACGUUGGAGAAACCUAGUACAACAGGACAAUCUGUUUCUACUUCAACGCAGUUGGUUGAUUCAUUCUCGUUCCACUGGUUUGGCUCUCCAGGAUAUUUGAGUCGUACUAUGACAUUUUUACUAACAUCAGAUGGAACCUUGUUCGCUAGUGCUUCUGCCCCUAGAUCUUCUAUAUAUACACUACAAACUAAGAAUUGUAAUGAACCCGGUGAAGUGGGACCAAAUUAUGAGUUGUCUGUACUGCCUGGACAAUAUUGGCUUCAGAAAGAUUUUAGCAAGAAAGUUAUACCGUCAUCUAGUCAUUUAAUGAAAUUUUGCUGUCCAGAAUUCCUUGGUCCUCUUUCAGUUAACUCUCUAGUGCAUAAUUUACCAAAAGGUGCUUUAUGGGAUUUGGCAACAGCUUCAACAGACCAUUUCACUGAAGAUACUAAACAUCUCAGUAUAAACCAAAAGGCAUAUUAUGCAAGAAAGCAAUCGUUAAGUAUAUCAACGGAAAAUACAAUUGAACUAUUACAAAAACGUUUGAUUGAAUCACCUGCAUACGGCACCUUACCUGUUGACUUCUUUGAGCAUGUUACUGAAACGAAUGAAGUUGAUUUUGGUGGUCCGGAUCUUCUGCAGUUUUAUAAUUAUGAACAACUUAGACGUCGUUUAACAACACCCGGUAGUCCUGUCACAGGUGCUGGCACUUGUAAUUAUACCACUUCUAGCGGAGGAAAACGUCGAGAGGAUAAACAUGCCGGAUCGAAAGUUACAUCUACAACUACAUCAAGUGGAUUAACAAGUGGUAAAUCGAAAGAUAUCACGGCAACUAUGGGACAACAGCAUAUUGCUUUUGUAAUUGAUAUUUGUAAUCGUCGAAAAGAUACUGUACUGGCUGGUUUACGUGUUACACUACCUGCACCAACAGAUGAGAAUGCAAGUCGAUGGCCGAGAUUUUUCAAGUUGUUCGACAGAACCAUACCUGUUCCUCCUCCGUAUCCAGGAGUGACUUCACCUCGUACUAUUGAUCUACCGUUAUAUCGUUGUGAAAUGCUUCAAUCUGACGGAUUGUUAAAGCUAUUCGUCGGCACAAGCGAUGAUCCUGAAGAUAUGACUAGCAUAGAUUGUAUCAUGGUGUAUUGUAUUACGCGUGAUAUGCUUUCAUUGUUGCAACAAUAUAAUAAUAUUCAUGAUAUAUUCGAUCAACAAAGUGUCAUCAAAUCGAGUUCUUCCUUGUGUAGAAGUAAAUCACAAUUAUCAACCAGCAAUAAUCAGUAUAACAAUACAAUUAAAGGUCCAAUGGACUUGUUCGUUUUAAGAGAUAAUCGUUCCAGUAGUACUAAUGCUGAUAACAUUCAUUCAAAUGAAAAUGACAAUAACAAUGAUACUGAAGAUGUGGAUCGCUUUGAUUAUCCAGAAGAUUUCUGCAAAAUGAAUUUGAGUACUUUUGAGCAAUCAUUGGCUUUCAGACUUGAUCGUUUGUUCAGUACAGGCUUUGUUACAGAAUUAAUUCCUACUGACAAAAUAAACAACAAUAAUAAGACUAACACCAAAAAGUCGGCACGAUCCUGUCAACCACAAUUGUCGAUUGCCAAGCCAUUUCUAUCUCCACCAGGUGGAAUGUUUACAUCCACAAAUUCUAUCGGUUGUUCUCACCUUACUCUAUUCAAUUCUUCAUUCACACAAUCCCGGUCUUCUAUCCCAUUGUCAUUAUUUUCUGAUUAUUGUGGUUUAACAGCUGCAAUCACCAACUUGUUAUACACCGUGGUCAAUAUAGGCAUCACUUCAAAAUCGAAAAAGCAUAGCCUAAAUAUGACUGGUGUUCACCUGCUUAUCUGCAGUUUAAGACGUACAUUAAACAAAUUGUCCGCCAGUGAUGAAUUCGAUCAGUCUCCAGAGAGCGCAAAACAAUCUCCUAUAGGCUUGGAAAUGUUACGUGCAGAAAUUAUAAAAUAUUUGGAUUAUAUCUCACCUAUUGUAUUCAAGUGUAAAGGAAUACCAACGUAUAUUCAGUCGAACACAUUAAGCUUAGGCAUAUAUCUCUAUCAGCUGGCCUUAAUGCUUACAUGCUAUACCGAUAUUGAACAAGUCGACAAGUUACCUGCAAAUAUUGAUUCACUUCUCAAUCAAAUACUAUACACACCAUUCAAUGAGUCACGAAAACAGUUGAUUAGUUUUCUUGUGAAAUUUUCAUCUAACAGCAAGGGACUUCAUCACUAUGAUAUAAUUACAAGUCAUAACAAUGUCUACAAAGCUCUACGAUUAAUACGUCAAUUUUCUGCACAAAUUUAUCAUUUAUUACAUAUAAGUCCAUUAGAUCUGAUUGAAUGGAUGUCAAAACAUGAACUUAACAACAACAACUACAAUGUUAGUAUAUUUCACUCGAUACUGAAUCGUUUGUUCAACUUAUUUACGUUCAGUUUACCGAUACCUUCAAAUCCCUACCAUUCAAUUGAUCCUGUAUGGCCUAUAAAAUUCGACAUGUUAUCAAUUGCAGUUGAACAGUAUAAUGAAAACAACGUAUAUCAUCAUCCUGCUAUUGUGUCAACUGAUCGUUGCUGGAGUCGUAGUUUCUCCCAACGCACUUUAUCACAUCAUUCAUCUUCUAUGCCUAAAUCGUAUUUCAAUCAUUCUAUUCAGCAUUUCAUUACACCACUAACACGUGCCGCAUACACUCUGAUAUUAAGUUCAACUCUAAUCAACAAACCCUUAAAUAAUGAUAUCAAUUUAGAUGAAUUAAUUAUGACAAGUUUGAUUCAACCAAGCAAAGAUGAUAAUGAAAGUAAACAAGUAGACAACAAUGUAUUGAUAAAGGCGUCAACAAAUUAUGCAAAGCUUUUAAUUAAAUUAUUAACACAUUCUAAUAUCCUGGUUUCCUGUGCUACUCGUGACGCUUUAUGUCGUCUUAUUCUUCAUGCAAGACCUAAACGUCGUGUCAUUUGGUACAAAGUACAUUCUUCUAUGGAUCGUCGACAUCCUUCCUCUCUUAGAAAGUCUAGUGUUUCACGUUCUAGUGAAAAUAAAUCCUCUAAACCGGUAUCAGACAAAAAUACAAUGCAAUCUGCUGAUACUGAAUCACUGUCUGUACAAGGUUCAGACUCGAUGUAUGGACCUCAUGGUUCUAACUCAGCAACUGCAACUACUGCUUCCAGUUCUGGGCGUAGUUGUCAACCAAGAACUACACCAUAUUCUGGUCGUCGACGUCCUACACGAGAAUUUCAUCCUCUGCAGGCGAUCGAUGUUGAUGAUCAAUUGAAUACACGAGAACUUACUUCUUUCUUCCACUUGGAUGAAUUUGGAAGCAAUCAUGCUGCAGCAGCGUCGGAUAAUCGUCAAGAUACCUUUGGUCAGCGGAAUGCAAGAACUGGUGCCGCUAAUCGGCUGCGUAGAUCAGGCCACUUCAUGAGAAUUUCGAAUCGACCUCCUUCAGUACCGGGUGAAGGUGAAACUAGAUCUUCAAACAGUACAACAGCUUUCACUAUCUAUGAACCUAUUCAGUAUAUGGAUAUGGAGAAUGAUAUUUUAGAUGAUUAUGGUCAGCCGGAUUUGAAUUUAGACAAUGCAGACAGUCAUUUACUAUCAGAGUUUUUUGAUUUAGCCGGUAGUAGUGAUGCGCCUAUUUCAUCAUUACGUGAUGAAAGUGAUGACGAUAUGGCAUAUCGUAUCCUACGUGUAUGCAGACGUAUUUGGGGUUCACGAAGAAUUGCUUCAAUGAGACAGAUGCUUGCAGAUUCUGAAUUCAGUGGAGAGAAUGACUUCGAUGGUAGAAUUAGUCUAGCAGCUAAUGAGAUUGAUGAUAUUCCAGAGACUGAACCUGAAAAUAUCGACGGUGAAGAUGAUGACGAUGAGGAUGAUGAGGAACACGAUGAUAAUGAUGAUGAUGGCGAUGAGAAUGAGGAUGGAGAUGAACAUCACGAUGCAGUUUUAGAUCCAGAUAAUGAGAAAGAUGAAGAUAUGGAAGACGAUGAUGAAGAGGAAGAAGAAGAUGAAGGAGAUGAUGAAGAUAGUGACGAUCAAUUGCAAUUGGGCAUAAGUGAAACACUGACAAGUGAGAUGGCUGUAUUGCUGGCCCAGUUAGUUGCUGAAUCUGGUCAAUCCGUCGAAAACGGUCAAGAAUCUCUUAUUGAUCAGCUAGGAAUAAACUUUUCUGGACUGAGUAGAAGUUUUCUAAAUAGAAUACAGCAACCAACUCACAGUACGACAACAACAACAACAGCAACUACUUCUACCACAGGAACGAGUGUAUCAGUUCCUAACUCACUAGUUUCCUCAACUGUGACAACUACAUCCUCAGAAAUGCGUGAAGCGCCUAUUGAUACAUCAGUUGGAAGUUCUGCCAAUCCUCAGUCAAGCUCCGCAGGUUCUAGACGUAGUCCUUCAACUGCCCAAACAGAACCCACACCUGUGUCAAACAGUGAUCAUGCUAGAGAAUGGGAAGGACAUGAAGCGGCGCAUGGUGAAGAGAUGGGCGAGAGACUAAGAGACAAUGCAAGAGAACAAGAAGUUGAUACAGUGACUGAAGGUGGCGAAGAAGCAGUCGAUCUAAACCCUGAUUUGUUGGAUGUGGACGACCCACAAGGAAGGAUGGAUAUGUGGGCAUUUUCUGAUAAUCUAGAAGAAGAUGUGCUGUUCACUCUAGCCCUGCAUUUGAGUCUUCGUGAUCAAGGUGGUCCAAGUGCCAGAGAUGAUAAUGCUGAAGAAAGUAAUCAUCAGUUAACUGGUGGUGGCAUUGCUGCUGCACAACGCCAAUCUGCCUCACAAGAAGAAAACAUCUCUAUGCCUGGAAAUGAGAAUACUGAACAAGAAGAAUUGAACAAUGAUGACUGUGACCAACAAAAUCAUCCAGCCAGCUGGUCAGAUGAAGCAGAACAUCACUCAGAUAGAAACCGUACACCAACCAAUUCUGUUUUCAUAGAAUCAUCAUCUAGUCAACCGAUUGUCGCUGCAACUUCAUCGUCAAAUUUGGACAGUGUAAAUCGUCAGAAUGAUGAAAGUAAUCGUCACCGUGAUAAUAAGGACAACAUUGCUGCUGAUGAUGACGACGACGAUGACGGUAAUGAUAAUGAUGAAGAAGAGGAAUUCCCUGACUUGUAUGCUUUAUUCGACGAGACAGUAGCAUCUUCAUCUAAACCACCAGUCAAUGAAAUACUCUUGCCUACAUCUAUUAACCUUGAUGGUAAUGAAGAAUAUAGUAGUAAUGUGAAUAUUAAAUCGGAUGAAAUGAUGCCUUUAGUCAAUUAUGAAGAUACACAUUCUAUUGGCAGUGAUAAUGGUAGCUGGAGUGAUGAUGACGAUAGUUCACCAGAGUCGAAUAUUCUACCCGCUUCAUAUCGUUACAAUACUGCCGUGUUUAUGGGUGCUGAUAAAUGGUAUUCAAAAGUUAAUGGAGUAGAAGAUUACGGUGAACUUGAUAAUGAUGAUGUUGAUGUUAAUGAUGAUGAUCAUGAUAAUAAUCAUGAUGGUGGCGAUGACAACGAUGAUAAUUCUGAUCCUAGUGAUAAUUCUAUCCUUAAAUACAAUCUCAAUUUGGAUGGUAGUAAAUAUUAUAAUAAAGAUGACAAUCUUGUCAAUCCUCAAUCUCAUGACAGCCAACAAGAUAAUGAUGGUGUUGGUAGUGGCGGUGGUGGUGGUGAGAAAAAUGAACAGACUAUUUUAUCUUCGAUAAAACGUCUAAACAAACUUCAUCUGAAUACGAAAUAUCGUAAACAGAAUCUGGCUUUAUUAUUCUGUAUAAAUCUAGCUAAACAUUUAUCACAUGAAUGGCCUAAUAUUGUUGGUCAAUUUGAAAAGUCCAAAGGUUCAGUAGCCACCAUCUCACCAGGCUCAAGUCAACACUUUGUACCUGUUCUACAGUUGAUUAUUAGUCUAAUACGUGUUCUGCAUUCAAAUGCAUGCCAAUUAAACGCUGAAAUAAUAUCAUUACAGCAACACAUACUGUCGAUACAGUCGACAGUAUCUACUGACCAUGCUGAUAUCAGUUGUCAAGAUAAAUUUUAUCUGGAGUAUAUUAAACAGUUACUGCAGACAAUUAAAAUCGCCGUGAAACAGUUAAUUCGAGCGCUUAUCCAUGGUGUACUACAGACUGUUUCAUUUGAUGUUUGCGAUAGUGAAGACAACAAGCCUACUACCGAUGAAGGUUCUGUCACAAUAAAACCAUUGAACACUGUUCAUUUGCGUGGAUAUCUUGAAAAUAUCAUUAAUUUAGAUUGUUCUUUAUCAUUAGGAUUUAUUGUGCUACAGUUGAACGCAUUAAUUGAAAUAUUCGCAUCGAUUCCAUCCUCCUCAAUGUCUUCUUCUUCUACCACUACUAAUCUUAAUAGUCCUACUUCCUUAUCUUUAAUCAAUUUAUGGCUGUAUGAUGAUAAUGAUGAGAAUAAUACUGUCGGUGUAGAUAACUGCAAAACGCUGAACCAACCAAUAUCACCAUCAGCACCAACAGUACAACAAGAAACCAGUUCAAAACUUUUAACUACUGCAACAACAACACCAACGAAAACCACAAUCGAUCAGCCAAGUAUAUUAUCAAAUGAUGAAAAUGAACUGCGUGCUUUAUUUGAUCAAACAAUUGAAUUCUGUUUAAUCCUAAUGGAAACACUUUAUACACGUCUGCUUAAAGUACAUGAGGAGACUGCUAGAGAUGAACAAGGUGAUACAAAAAGGCCAAUGAAUUCCAGUGUAGUCAAUUAUCCAAAUGCUAUCGCUAAUCCUUUAGCCUGUGGUGUUCUACAAGGUAGUAUGUUCAGUUCACAGUAUAGUGGAGACACAUUAACUGGUACAUCAGCUAGUGGUUUACUCAGUCACUCACCUCUACUGAAUACAUCUCAUUGCCUUGAUCAUAUUGGUAAUCCAAUAAUGAGUCAGUUGGUUUGGUUAGCGACUAAAGCUUGCGUGAAACUGCCCAAUAUUCUCUUAUACUUUGCAUCAUCUUUAAUGAAGGAUAAAAGUGUUAGCCUACCGUCUACUAGUGGAAAAUCAACACUUCCUCCGCAUAAAUUAUCCUAUUUAUCUAGUGAAUCAGAAGUUCGAUGGUGUUCUGUAUUGUUUAAUUAUAAAGAACUAUUAAAUCAUCCUAAUCUAUAUCAAUCUCAAUUCACUGCAAAAACUCAAUCCAGUCAUCCAGGUAACAAUAAUCCUGAUUCUGUGAAUACAGUGAAUUCUUCAAAUAAUUUAUUCCAAUUUAUAAAUAUGGAAGGUUCUCAGCAUACUUCAAAAAUAAUUAAUCCACUUGGACGAGAAUUACAGUCUCUACUUAUAUCCAUAGUCGGACCUAAAAGUUAUCGUCAUUUACAAGAUGUUCAUCGUUUGGCAAAACUACUACAACGAAUUCGUGAUAUUUGUGUUAAUACUGGUGGCUUAGUACUUCAUGUUGAUUGUGGUUCUACACAGUUCACCGCUGGUGGUGGACAGUUUCCACCAUCAUCACCAUCGUCACAUACUUCUUUGAACAAUGUCAAUAAUAUGUCAACAGGCUCAAAAGUUCAUAUAAAUACUGCUUUUAAAACAGCUGGUGCUGCUGAUGAUCGGGGAGCAAAUUCAAGUUUCGAUUGGUGUUCACACGAUACAGAUGCAUUUGCCAGGCAAUUACGGUUACCGUAUAUAGCACAGAGAGAAAUUUUGGAAAAUGUAUCAUCGUGUUUGGUUAUCGCAGUACGUAAUAGACCUUAUUGGCAAAGAUUGUGUCUACGUUCAUCUCGUACAUUGUUGUUCUUAGUACACGCUAGUUUGGUUCUUGAUCGAAAAAUUGCUCGUAAUAUGCUCUAUUUAAUUCAACUUGCUAUUUGUCCAACCUCAGUAGAAUCUCGUAGUCAUGGUCAAACAAAACAUUUACAUGAUGGUUUUAAGCGUUCAGCGCAUUCAAUUCAACAGACAGAAAUGAAGCUAUCACGAAUCAUUGCACGAUAUUUAAUACUUUCAAGAAAUUCACACGCUUCAACUUGUUCUGAAACCAGUUUAGAGGACAAUAUCCCUAAUCAUUCUGAGAAUACAGAUUUAUGCAUCUCACCGUUAUUUGUUCAAUUUAUUCGAACAUUUUUAUGCCAAUGCCCUAAAAAGUCUAUACGAGAUUCAGCGGCGCAUAUAUUGUUUGCAAUUUUCAACUGUGUAUCCCGAGAGGCUCAAUCGCAUAUUCUCAGUUUAAUUUCACUUUUAUGGUCUGAGUUAUCAACAUUUGUGCCUUACUCAAAUCAAUUUGUUCAGUUGAGUAUUCACUUAUUGAAUUCAUAUCCUACAUGGUCUGGUCGAGCACAACUUAUUGAACAAGUUAUUUGGAUUUUAAUGCAACGUCUUGAAGCUUUAAAACGCCAUCCAAACCGUACACUUUAUACAGCACUUAUGCAUUUCACUCAUUCUCAAAAAGGACUUUUACCCGGUGUGUUGAUUCCGUCUGAAUCUUCUACAAAGAGUGGAUCUUCUGAUGAAAGUAUAGAUGACAUUACAUGUUUACAAUCCACUCAUAACGAUUCAUCAACUCGGACAUGGGCUUCUGUAGCAGCGCAUAAACCUGGUAGUUCUCAUGCGCCUUCAACUGGUAGUAGUGGAGGUCCUAAUGAGACGACAGAUGCUGACCAAGUUGGAUCUUCAGACCUCAAUCGUAACCUUUCUGUCCUCCCCACACCAUUUUCUCUAUCUAGUUCAGCCUUCACUUUUGAACUGGAACCAUGUUUGUUAUGUCAUGCAAAGGUCAUAGAUGAACCGUUUUACGUUGUAUUUCGUUGGGAUUCUGAACCAAAUGUUCCAAGACGUUCAAUUCAAUCAGUCGUAUCUACCAUCUAUAACAGUCGAUUCACGCAUCAGUUUCGACAGUCACCGUCAAGAAUGUCAAUGGCUCAAAACUCUUUACGAGGUACAUCUCAACAAUCUAAUCUAAGCACAAGUGGAGUUGAUAUUCAAUUCACUUCAAAUACAAGUCAUACGUCUACAACACCAAAUGCUUCUGGUGUAAUUCAGCCCACGUCAAAUACACCUAAACCGUCAACUACACCAGUCAAUACAACAGCCACCACUGGCGCUACAACAACAAAGACAACAACUACUGCUAAUGGUGGUGGUGGUGGUAGUCGAAGUGCUGGCGGAUCUGCGACAUCAUCAACUAACACCUUUUCACUGAUAGUUCCAGUUCAAUUGAAAUCACGUGCCACUUCAUCAGUUCAUAUUUUUGAUCUUGAAAGUAGUUAUUUAAUUUCACAAAUCACUGUUAAGUUUACCGUUAUAUCGAAACGUCCACGCUAUGUUCGAACUUUGAAUGUGUAUACAUGUGAUCUAACUGAUCGUGCUUCAGCAAGAUUAAUUCAUGAACCACAAUUGUGGCAACCAGUUGCAUCUGUACGCUUUAAUCGAAAUCAAACAAUGGCUAGAAUAUGCUUUUCACAUCCAUCUCCUGUGCCUACAUGGUUGACUGCAAAUCAAGACUAUGCUACAGAUAAACGGAUUUCAAUGAAUUCAAAUUUUAUCAAUGAUUCACUAAAUUUAAAGCAAAGUCCCGGCCUACCGAUUCGUGCAUCACGUUUAAUCUUUGAAUAUGCAGAUUUUCAUUCAACUGGUCAAGAGGAACGUCGUGUCUGUCCACGUUGUCAUGCCUCUGAUUUACAGGGCAGUACGUGUAUGAUGUGUCGUAGUAAUGUAAAUGAAUGUUUCCGAUGUCGAUCAUUAAAUUUAAGCAAUGAAGAUGUUUAUUUAUGCGCAAACUGUGGAACAUCAAGGCAUGGUAAAAUUGAAUUCAGUAUAACUGCCAGACCAUGCUACUCAGCUAUUGAACCUCUACAUGACCGAGAUGAUCGUGAAUCUGCCUGUGGUCGUAUUUUAACACUAUCUCGAGAGUUAAGUAAAACCUCUCGAACACUUUCCCGUCUUAUACAAGUUGAUGUAAUGGAAUGCCUAUACAGACUAUGUUCACUAGAUACUGGUACUCUUGAUCUCAUCUCAAUGCCCGAAUCUUUUGUUAGCAAAAAUUCAAAUACAGCCUCGAGUAGUACUUCAGCAGGCGGUAAAGGUCAAACAAACUCAAAAGAUUUAUCACAGACUACUACACAGUCCAGUUCCAAUUAUACCAACUGUGUUAAUCCAGCAAUAAUACGUCUAAUUAAUACUGCACUAAAAGCAAGAUGCUUAAGCUUGGAUGCAGCUAUAACAGCACGUCGUUUAUGGGCUGCACGUCAGUCCGUUGUAGAAUUCAAUUUAGAAGAACAACAUGAAUCUGUUGGUUGUUUCCACAAUGAAUCUCCGGGUAAUGAUAACAAAUUUAUAAAUCCUGAAACUUCAAAUACCAGCUCUGCUAAAACUCAAUUAAAUUAUACCGAGUUAGAUAAAAUGUUUUAUCCUUCUCUUGCUGGUUGUUAUUGGUGUCUGAUGAGUACUAUCUACCAGUGUAGUCAUUUUCUACGAUGUAUUUCCGAAUUCACUUCGUUAACUACACUGAAAAAUGUAAACAAAACGUGGAACAAUUCACACUGGCUAUUCGGUGUUACAUCUGAUGAUCAUACAUUCCGUCUGUUCAAUGCACCGUCAUCAUCAUCCUCAUCUUCUAAAAAUUCAACAAAAACAGCUACUACUACUUCUGUGGAUAUUGUACGGAACUUAAUUACUGAUGUCAUCGAAUCUGGUUUAAAUAUUUAUCCUCAACACUUACAACAAGAAUUACGUGUCCUGUUAAUAUACUUAACCAAGGACUGUCUACCUUUGAUUUCUCAUCUUGGAGAUAUACUUAGCGAACGACUAAUUAAAACAGCUUAUACUCAUGGUGAUCAAGCUCAUCUGUUGGGACCUUUGUCAUACAAUGAUGUAUGCCUGUUACAAAGUAGUGUUGAAGCUAUCCUACCAAGAAAGUUGCAUGGCCAAUUGCGCAGACAACCGAUAGAUCAUAGUAUCGAGAAUUGGGAGGCGAGAAUUCGUCCUCUCUUCAAAAUUCUAUCAAAACUUUCCAAAAACAACAGUUCAAAAGAUGAUACCUCUGACUGGAAUCCCUCUGUUCCUGUCGUACAAAAUAUCCUGUUACCGCUCAUAGAAUCAUUGCAUGUAUUAGUUUCGCAUAAACCUAAUCCUGUUAGUUCAACACUUUCAAGUCCAUCGAUUAUACGUACACUCAACCAGUGGAUUGACACUGCAAAUGAUGUUCAAACUGGAGCCAGUGGUGAAACACAUCAUCAAUCAGUUGUUGUUUCAAAUCAGCCUAAUUCAGCUAGUGGAAAUGUGAAUAUUCCACAUAUGCUGCCUCAUCGACAUUGUAGACAACUUUCACAUCUUACUGAUACAGAUUCGAUUGAAUUCCAUGCAUGGCUGUCGAACAAACCUCAUGCUUCAUAUGCGGCUUGGAAAGAACAUAUGUCAAUAAAAAUGAACUCUGCGUUUGCAUCAUCACUUCAUCAAUGUGUACGCUCACCGUCUACUCAAACUGAUGGACAGAUAUCACGCUGGAAUGAUCUGGAUUCUAAACAAUCCUGUCUAGCCAUGCAUUUCGCAAGACACUGGAGAUAUGUUGUUGAAGAGAAACGGUGGGCAAGACGCUGGGGUGUGUUAACCACUAAGUCUUCCUCCAAAAAGGGCGCGUGUAUAUCGUCUGAUAGUUGGUUGACAAAGGUCCUCUUCUCACCACCCGACUCCAAUGCACGCGGAGUAUAUGAUUGUAUGAAGCUGCUGAAAGAAAUCACAACUAACUUCGUACCAAAAGAGAUUCGUUUAGAGUCGUCUAGUCAGUUAACACUUUAUACAGAAAAUAUCAAUGCAUUGAAUGCUUUGUUCAAUAAACGUCGAUGUAUUGUACUACGAUUUCUCACUGAAAUUUGUAUUCCUCGAUUGGAUGAAUUGGCGUCAACACGUGAUGCAGCCUUAUUACUAACUGAUGGUGGUAGUGUAUCAACAACUUCAACUUCAUCAUCCACAACAUCAUCAUCAACAACAACAACCACCACCCAAACAACAUCUUCAUCAUCAAAGAAUUGUACAACAGCUUCUGUUCCAACGGCUGGAGAUAUUUUUGUUACAGAAUUUUAUCAUUUAGCUACAUCGUCUACACUCGCAUCAGAACAGUCUUCAAAAGAAAGUCAGCAAAAACUUACGCAUACUCCUGCCACUGCAACAACAACAACUGCUAUUUCAAAAUCACCGUUUAUUCCUUAUUUAUUAAUUAAAGGGAACUUUUUAGGUUAUGUCAGAAUUUUAGUUCGAAAGUUAUUAUCACAAAUAACUUGCAUUGAAUCAGCGCGUAUUCAACAUUGGAAUGAGUUGAUGGCUGCUACACUAAGCCCAAUAAGUGGUUCUGGUGCAUGUAAUGGAGGUGCUCCGGGUUAUGCGAUAGCCUUAGUUGCUGAAUUGUUAAACGUAAUUAAACCACUUAAACAGUUAACAAGAUCACAACAAAAUCUGUUACUGCGUAUUCUGUUACCGGCAUGUGCUCAAUUAAGAUAUUUAAUAUUUCAACGCGCUGAUUGUACUGUUAAAGCACAGACUAUAUUCGAUUCUAUGCUAGCUGAAUUGACUGGUGUUUCUGGUGCACAAAUUAAAGAAUUUCUAUCCACUGUGUUAGACGUCCUAGCUGAAUAUCCAAUUGAUGAUCAUCGGUCUGGAACUUAUCUGUUACAACGAUUGUGUACUCCUGUCUGUCCAUUGCACACUGAUCAGUCUGUUUUCCAGAUUAAAUUAGAAGUAUGGCGUCCACAUGAAGAUUAUCUAUUGGCUAGAUCAAGAAUUGAAAUUCUACCUUCUGACACACGAGGUUUAGGUCCACGUAUACACAAUCUCAUUGAUUUCAUCUGUGAUGCUAACAAUUUGACUACAGAUAUGCGAUUAGAAAUUGUAUGCGAAGGACAAAUUUUAAUGCCUCAAUUACGUCUACACGAUGUCUACACCCAAAUAUGGUGUGCUAAUAAAAACAAUAUAAAUAAACCUAUGCGUUUACGAUAUCGUAUACCUGGUUUGGAGGCAGAUAAUCUUCCAUACGUUGAAAAUUUAUCCUCAGAACAAAUUCCACCAGAACAGUAUUCACAUAUAUCUGUGCUAGCUACACAUCCUCAUGGAUUAGGCGAUUUAUUGAAACGAUUGGCUAGUUCACGAAAUGCAAUCUACAAUCGUGAUUUAAUGGAUGUUAUAGUACAUAUACUGGAGUAUUGUUUGAAAACACCUGCGUGUACAGAACGUCUUACUGAUCAGGACAUAAGAGCUGUACCUAGAUUGCUGUAUACGCUAAUUAUAUGCUUGCAAUCAAGACAACUGAAAUCGAUCACUAAUGCUCAACAACAACCACAAUCUCAACAGUCGAUUGAUAUUCCUGAAGAUAUUACAAAACGUUUAAUCGCUGUAUUCAAAUCAAUCCUUGAAUUAGUUGACGAAAAGUUGAAUUCUGCCGGUUCAUCUCAGUCAGAUGCUGUCAUCGAUUUGGUAGAUUUGAAUUCAGUGAAAUUCCUGUUGAAUUUUAUUAGAAGUCAACCAGCUUUACCAAAUAUCAGUGUAGAUGUAGCACGUCUACUCGGUUUAAUGACAUUUUCAAAUGAAAAGAUAAUGGAUGUGAUAAUUGACUUCUUGAAAGUAAAUUUAGAUCAAUUAAAACCGUCAGCUCAAUUCAAUCCAACUGAAAUAGCUUUAUUAGAUUGUUGUUGUGCUUUAUUAUUUGCUAUACCAAAGCAUAGUCGUAAUGGUGUAUUAUUUAGACAGAGGGUGAAACAGAAUGCAAUGCUUUUACAGAUUAGUCUACAAUUCCUUUGGGCUACAUGUCCAUUAGCCUGUAUUACUGGUCAGCUUGACGAGUCAUCUACUCCAACGGCAACAACGACAACCACUGCUUCGAUAUCUAAUACAAGUGAUCCUGAAAUUGUUAAAUUUCUAUCUGAACCAUCAUUGCCGUAUAUUUUACAAUUGAUGCAAGUCUCUGUGGAUGGUGAUCAAGUCGAAACUAUUCUAAAUCAACCUGAGGAUAAUGUUGAAAAAGGCAAGACACGAAUUGAAGCCAAUCAGCUACUGCAUUUAUUCCAUCAGUUGGAAACGAGUAAAUCGUCUGGACGUGUUGGUCUAUUGGCUGAAGACAUGUUAAAUGAUUGGGCUAGUAAAGAAGAUAACAACCGUACAACUACUGUUCAGUCUAUAGGAAAUCGUACAAUCGGUCAAGUUAUUCAUAAUCUACGCGAAGCAACAAUACGACGUGCUAGAUCAUUAGCACAAAAUAUGCGUCAAAAACGCUUACGUAGUCUUAAUAUGCGUGUUAAUGAAAAAGGCCAAGUUGCUAUGGUGGAGACAGAUCGAUUGAAUAAAAUGACUGCUGUUGUUCAAGAGGAAACAGGUCUAUCCUGUGUUAUAUGCCAUGAAGGACAACGUAUUGCUCCGAAUGAACCACUUGGUAUUUAUGUCUACGUUCGUCGAUGUACACUAGAAGAGAAUCUCUGUAUGACUGGUUGUGAAUCAUCCAGUGGCAAUAAUCCACCACAGAAUAUACCUGAUGGUUAUUCAACUUUGUCAAAUUUUGUAAUUGUACAUUUUUCAUGUCAUACAAAGUCAUUUAGAGCCUCAUCAGAAAAUGAAUGGGUAGUGGCUCAACGCCAUAAUUGGGAUGUUGGUUGCAAUAAUAUUCUGCCUAUACUCAAUCCACCAAUUAGUAUUAGUGCAACUUCGAGUACUGAUAGUACAUCAGUGGAUAAUAAAACUGCAUCGAAGUCUACACAACAACAAUCACCAGAUACAGUAUAUAGUAGCCAUUUGGCUAACUUCAUGGAAUUCAUUAUGCAUAAACUUAAUAUUUGUCCUGGUUACGUGAUGGCUCUACAUGAUAUCAAACUGUUACUGUUGCGUUUCGCUUGUAACAAGACAUUCACUGUUGAAACUGGUGGCGGUGGAAAAGAAAGCAAUAUGCAGUUAUUGCCACAUUUAAUGCAAGUCUACUUACACACAUUACUGAUGAGUUCCCAAGUUGAUCAAGAACUAGAAGCUUUGAAACAGUUUACUGAAGUGUCUGGAACUUAUUGGAUCAAAUCAGAUAAAUGUUGGAUUACAACAGGACCAUUGUAUCGUAUAGUAGCAGCCUUACACUUAUGGUCACGUGAUGAAUGGUUAAAGAAUAGAGUAACUCUAUUACAAAGUCUUCUGUAUAUGGCUGUGGGACGGUUAAGCAAUCCAACCAGUUCUAAUGAUGAAGUCAGUGUCACAUCAGACAGUAGUGCUGCUGAUAGUCGAUUUACAAUGAUUAAACCGUAUUUGGUUUAUUUCGGUCUUAUUGAUUCAAUCUAUGAAUAUUUAUUCAAAAAUGUCCAGUUGACUGUUGCACCAGAGGUUAAAUCAAAGUCCAGUAGUACGUCGACAUCACAGACACCGUCAUGGGCAGCUUCUUUAUCACACUAUAUUCGAACAUCAGAUGAAGCAUUAAUGAUUGCAGCUCCAAAGUUACUCGCCUAUUUCGAAGAGAAUCUAUUGACAAUUGCAAGUAUAGAAGAAUUUCUAGAUGUUAUGGGUUUAUUGGGAAGUGUCACAACUGAAGAAUUGGAGAACAUAAUUAACAACGCUUCGACUAAUCAAUGA